AUGUCAUCACACUCCUCGGUUGCAGUCGACAAUACAAUCAAUCUUCUUCUCUUAGGUAUUUCGGAGUCAGGUAAAUCAACUCUUUUCAAACAAGUCAAAAUAUUACAUCAAAAUGGUUACACCAAAGAAGAAUUAUCUUCCUUCACCAAAACCAUUCAAGACAAUUUAAUUCUUGGAAUGGCUGCUUUGAUGGAUAUUGUACAAAAUUCUCUUCAACAACAACAAGUCAUUACCAUCAACCACAACAACAACACUCCUUUCGUAAUGGAUCAAGAACAACAAGAAUUACUAAAAACUCAUACACAAAAUAUUCUCAGAAAAUCAAAACAAGAUUCAAGAGAUGAUGACCAAGAAGAAGAAACCUCUUCUUCUCAACAGGCCCAUCUCUCGUAUGAUCCCUCGAAACUUUCUUCUCUUCGUUUUCUAUGGCAACAUCCAUAUGUUCAACACGUGUAUCAUCAUCGACACGGAGGUGGUCAUGUUGUUGGUGUUGGUUCUUCUGAAUCAUCAUCAUCAUCGAACCAUAACAACAACAACAACCAUAGCGAUCAACAAUCAUUCACACCAUCCUCUUCAUCAUGGUCCUAUCCUCUCAUUGACAAUUUAGCUUAUUUCAUGAAUCAUUGCGAACGUAUUGGUGCUGCUUCCUAUACUCCAUCGGUGGAGGAUGUAUUACACUGUCGAUUGAGAACUACCGGAGUUCAUGAGACUAAAUUUGAAUUUGGAGGAUUGUCCAUGCGUUUGGUCGAUGUUGGUGGUCAACGUAAUCAAAGAAAGAAAUGGAUUCAUGUCUUUGAUAAUGUGACAGCUUUGAUUUUUGUGGUUUCUCUCGUGGAAUAUAAUCAAGUAUUGGAGGAAGAUCCUACAACUAUUAGAAUUCGAGAAAGCAUGUUGUUGUUUGAAGAAUUGGUGAAUUGUAGUGUUUUCUAUGAUAAGCCUGUCAUGUUGUUUUUGAACAAGGUCGAUCUAUUUAAUGAUCUGAUCAAGAAGGUGGACAUUUCUGAACAAUGUUUUAAGGAUUAUCAAGGUAAAAAACAUUCUGCACCAGAUGCCAUUCCGUUCAUUGCAGACAAGUUCAAGCAAUUGAGGGAAAAUAAGGAUGCUGAAGUUUUUGUUGAAGUCACUUGUGCGGUAGAUACCAAUAAUAUUAAGAAGGUACUAGAGAAUUUGAAGACUAUUAUUCUGAAAGAGAGUCUUUCUUCCAAAUAA